AUGUCGUCUAACAACGAAAAAAUUCCGGAUACUAUUGCUAAUAAUCCUGAAUUAUCAACAAAUUCAUCUGAUUCAUCCGUUAAGGAACAAUUUUCACAAGAGAAAAGUUCAUCUUUUACGUCAUCUAUCGAAUUAGAUUCGGAUAGAGAUGUCGAUGUUGCAGCUAAAUUCUUACGUGAAAAUAAGACUUCAAAUAUCGCAGUCUCCGAAGAUAAUGAUUCAGAAGGUGCUAUCUUUUAUGGAUCUCAUGAACUUCCGAAAAAGACAUUAAGAAAAUUGGAUAUGUUUGUAUUACCUUUCUUAUGUAUGACUUAUCUUUUAAUGUUUUUAGAUAAAGCCUUAUUGAAUUAUGCCGCCUCCAUGGGUAUUAAAGAUCAUUUAAAAGGUAAUGAUUUUGCCAAUCUAAGUACUAUCUUUGGUGCUUCUUACAUCUUUAUGGAACCUUUAGUCACUUAUUUAAUACAAAGAUACCCAAUUUCUAAGAUUCUAGGUGCUUUUAUUAUGACUUGGGGUGCUAUACUAGCAUGCCAUUCGGCAUGUAAGAGUUAUGCAUCCUUAAUGAUUGUAAGAACUUUAUUAGGUAUGUUUGAAUCAUCAAGUGCCGUUGGUUGUAUUGCCAUUAGUGGUAUGUAUUAUACAAAAGCUGAACAAAGUGCUAGAAUUGGAUUCUGGGCUACUCAAGCUGGUACAGGUUAUAUUGUUGGUGGAUUAAUCUCUUUUGGGUUUCAACACUACCAUGGUAAAGAUUUUACUUCAUGGCAAAUUAUGUUUUUAGUAGUUGGUUUGUUUACUGUCGCUUUCGGCUUAAUAACAUUUUUCUAUCUACCUGAUAAUGUCACCAAUGCUUGGUUUUUAACAAAAGAUGAAAAAUUACAAGUUGUGGAACAUAUUAGAAGUAAUCAAACUGGUUUAGAGACUAAAAAAUUCAAAAUGAGUCAAGUAAAGGAAUUGUUCUUAAAGGAUAAACUUACAUGGCCAAUGCUAUUCAUUACCGCCGCAUCUCAAAUUUGUACUGGUGCGAUUGGUACUUUCUCUGUAACAAUUACAGCUACAUUUGGCUUCGAUAGUUAUGAAACUGCUUUAUUACAAUUACCUAUCGGUGCCAUUACAGCCAUGAUUAUUAUCAUCACUACCCAAAUGAUAUCUCGUUGGGGUAAUAUCACUUUAAUUACUACUUCAAUGUAUAUUCCUGCAAUUAUUGGUGCUAUUGUAUUAAUAUCCUUACCACUAUCCCAUAAAGUUGGUAAUUUACUGUCUUUGUAUCUAUUGUACAGUGGGUCAUGUGUCAUUACAAACAUUUACAUUUGGAACUCAUGUAAUACCUCAGGUUACACAAAGAGAGUCUUCAGGAAUGCCAUUACUAUGAUCGUUUACAAUGUUGCUUGUAUCAUCGCACCUCAAAUGUUUAGAGCUAAUCAGGCUCCUAGGUAUGUCCCUGCCAAGAUUGGCCUUUUAGUCACUCAAUGUGUUUGUGUUCCUGCUCAGUUGUAUGUCGGGUACCUCUGUAAAAAGGAGAAUCAAAGGAGAGACAAAGAACAAGAAGGUCAAAAGAAGGGAAAAUACGAAUUCUUAGACAUGACAGAUAUUGAGAAUAGAAACUUUAGGUACAUUUAUUGA